GAAAAUGGUUCCAAAACGGGGUACGAGGGUUGGAAGAACAGUUUGCGCUUCAAAAUGGGCAACUACAGGACAAAACUGAGCAGGGCUGGCAUAAAGGAAGUGGCUAUGAAUGCAGGAAAGCGCAGCAGGUCUAAUCCAGAGGGUGCAGCAUCCAGGGCCAACAUCAAAAGACCCAGAAGAGGGGAAGUCAACUUCCUUCCUAAUUAUCCACUGGGAGAAACUAAGGACACAUUGGAGACCAUGAGGCUUGAGAUGGUGGAGCAGUUCAAGAGGACAUCGAUUGAAAGAGACACGGUUCUCAUCCACCAACUCAUGCAGCGUACCUUUGCACUAAGGCGCGAAGAAAUUGUGAAUUCAGGUCCUCCCAUUGCUGAACUAAAAGACAGAUGGCCUGGACUCUUUUCUGAAGCCCAACUCUACACUGAAUUCCACAGGAUCACCAAUCAAAAUCUGCCACAUUCCUUCUAUGCUGCCCUUGACAAGUACACACCACUGCUGCUAAAGCUCUACAAAAAGAAGAAGACUGGAAGUUUUGCCGAGAAGAUGGAAGAGGUUAUAAUGGCAUAUAAUGUUCAGGACAAGAACAACAUCACUGCAGCUCGAACGACAGCCCUGGCCGGCCUACCACUCUACUUAAAGGAGGAUUCAUCAGAGGUCUUCAAAACUUGCAAGGAUGAGUUGGAGGCAACCCAGGAGGGAGCAGUGGCUCUGGUGGCAGUGGUGGAUGAAGCGGAGGUGCCUGCAGGAGUUCCCUUUGAAACUCACCAUGUGUCAAUCGUCCUCGAAGAUCAGGUUGUAAUGUCUCACAGAUCUUGGACUGAUUCACUGGUAAUUUUGUUUGGACUGAUCUAUGCUCUACAUUUGAGCUACCCUGAGAAGCUGAGUGGCUUCUUUGAGUUCAUCCAGGUUGUCCUGCUAAAUCUUGAUGAUGGGAGAAAGCAGCUCAAACCUAAGUUACAGUCCUUGAGAAAUGAGCUGGAGUAGGUUGUCAGUAGCUUUUAAUGUUGAAUGUCAGCAUUGUUUUUUGCUUGCAUGCCAAAUACUGGUAGCUAAUGACAUGUAUAUACAGUAAACUAUGGCACCUCUGAUUUGUGUGUUAAAAUAGGUCAUAUUCUUGGAUUGCUUCUGUGGUGUUCUCACUUCUCUUUACCACAUGGAAAUAUGU